UAAGUUCAUUAGUACUUUGUUUUUGUUUUAUUUGGUUUCGGUUCAAUAGUUUUUUGAUACUAGGGAAGCUUAUCACGCUUGUGAUCCUUUGAAUCAACCACCCCAACCCUUAAUUACAAAAGCCUACAACAAAAAAAAAAGAAACACCUCAAUAAAUUUGAGUUGCGUAAGUACUCCUAGACAAAAAAGUUGUUUACGCACACCCCAACCACAUUCAGUGACACGACAAAGACAAGACAAUUAUUAAUAUAUUAAGUGUCAUACAUUUGAUUCCCGACGUAGUCAUUCAUCAACACUUUUAAAGCUAAUUAAUUUAAUUUAAAAGGAGUCAUUCCCUUAUACUACUACGACUAACAUUUAUUUUUUGUUUGGUUUAUUAUUUUUUGCAUUCAUUUUCCCCCAUUAAUUAAAUUUGCAAUUUCAAUAUGACUUUCUAGGGCACUCACUGACCUUAGAAGAAAUAGCGCAAUUACAAUCAAACAACAUAUAUAUAUUAGUCACACUUAUCUUUUAUCAACAGAAAAGUUUGAAGCAAGAAAGGUAAUAUUACAUUAACAAAAAAAAAUCAUGUCGUUAUUCGGAACAAAGAAGAAGGAAUCAUCCAGAAGAUCCUCAGUUGCUUCUAACUCGUCAUCAUCCUGCAAAGAAUCGUUUGCAAGCUUUGACGAAAAGAAGGAUUACGUAAGGAGAUGUUCGUUGAAGAAGCACAAGUCGAAACCACAACCUUACACUUUCUGUUUGGGAAAGUAAUUUGGAAAGGAAAAAGUUAUUAACGGACAAAAAAGCGGAAAGCACUAUAUUCAUUUCAUCUGGUUUAUUAUUUAUUUAUUAUUGAGUCUGUUUUCAUUUUUAUAUAUCUCUUUUUAUAUUUGUCUUUAUUUGGAGUUAGUGUUUGGUUUUUACAAUUUUUGAUUCUAGUGCAAAUGAAGCCACGAUCUUUCAUUUGUUCUACUUAGUAUUUAUAUAAUUUUUGAGUUGUAUAAUACCAUACUGUUUGGGAUAUCUUUAUUAAGCUUGACAUUUCGUAGUUGAGGUUGUGCUACAAUAGGACUCUCAACGGUAUAUUGAAACAUGUGCGUUUCUCCUGAAUAUGAACAAGAUUCUAUUGAGAAGGAAACUCGAAAAGUAUACUACAGGAAGAACGCAUAAUACAGGAGGUAUCUGGAAGUAUACAGAUACCUGACCUCUUCAAUAAUUGCAAGGUUAACUCAAAAACGUGGCUAUUACAUGUGAAUGUAUGAAAGCUCGUAGAGUCAACUGGUCUCACAGAAGAAAAGAAACCAUAACUGAACAUAGCAUUUCAACUGAUCUCACGGGCUAGAGAGUACGUCCACACUAGGGUCGAUUGACCAGCAUGACCGCUCAAUGCAAGUUGUCCCGGUUAUUUAGCAUAAGAAGAAGAAGAAAAGUAUAGUUGAAAAGAAAAAAUUUUUUCUUCUUCUUUAGUCUGCUUGAGAAUGGAAAAUUACUGUGUAAACACAAAAUCUGCUUGAUACAUAUAUUUGUGUUCAACAAAACAUCAAGGUUUACCCCUUAUUAUAACAUCCUAGCUGUUUUAAACAACAUAAAGUUAAACUAAUAUCACCAAUAAAACCGCGUUACCACUUUCUAAAACCACGCAUCUGGUAGCACAAACCCACCUUGAUGCUUAAUGAUACUAUCAGAUCUAGAAGCUCGGCAUCUCAUGUCAAGAUUUACAUUUAAUCAUAAACAACGGUUGCUAAGUACUAACCAUCAACAAAACCGUCUCAAAAACAGGUUGACCCGGAAGGGUGCAGCUUCUUCGUGAUGUCAGUUUCUAAAUCACCU